CCGUCUUGUGCUGUGUGUCACGCACUUUUGCUGUGUCGCUGCUUCUGAAAAUCCUUGAAGCUUCAUUUCGUUGCAAAUUGAGAAGGGAGCUCCCCCUUACGGACGGAGGAAUCGAAGGGGUCGAAAAGCACCCUUCGUGGCCUUGAGACGCAGUUGGUCCUGCUGCAUGUUGCGCCAGAUUGUGCAUGCCCGGUUAGAUUUGGCACGCCGGUGAAUUGUUUUCUUCCCGAACUGCUCCUACGUCUUUUCAUGUUUCUUACCUCUACUCUUCUUGUCCUGACACGCUGCGCUGUACCGCUGUCCCGUUGAUUUGUAGGUACCGAGCCGAGUUUCGGUACGUUUGUAGAAGCAGAGUGGAUGAUGUGAGGGCCAAGUGCUAAGUCUGAAUAAUCCGGUCGUGGUGAAUUGUGUCUGUUGUGGGAGUCGUGGAGGGGAAAGGAGUACGUAUGCAUACGCAGCGUGUAUAGGGUUUAGGUUUUAUCCGGAUUCCGUGACCGUGUUGAAAAGUUGACGGUGUAUUUGCUUUCAUUGUUGUUGUUUUUGUUUUUGUUUUGUUUUCUCUGGAGUUGGAGGUGGAGGUGGAGAGUUUUUGUGAUGUCGAUGUAGUUACAGAGGAAUUUUUUUUCAGUGGGGUGUGGUGUAUUCGAAUUGGCGCCUUGUUCUUUCGAGACAGAAUAUGAUUGUGUGGCUUUUUGCAGUUCUACUUGUUGAGGCCCUGUUCUGCAUCGGCGGCGGAAGUCGUUUGGACGGGAUAAAGAGGGGGAGGUAAGGUACAAUGGGAGACCGACACUCUACUUCCACAGCCGAUAUUCGCUUUUUUGGAAUUAGGUUUUUACGUGGAGCGUGGAGAAGCUAUGGAACUAGAAUGCGUGGAGCUGGAGGGAGCGUAAAUAAUGAACCUUAUAGACAUGUUGAUGGGAGGAAGGGAACGAGGGAUAGAAGGAUACGCUGAGGGAUGAGGGAAGGGAUGCAUUAAUGGCCUGCCGGGAGAGGGGAUGGGUAUGAUGAAUCCGUGUCCAAUGCACGAGAGUGAGAGACAGUGGGAUAUUUGGCAUGUCUAAGUCGUGCAUAGCUGUGGAGCUUUCCGGAGCUAAGGAGGGAGCGGUGGAGCUUGAGGGGCUUCGCUUGGACCAAAGAUGUCUCUCUUGUCUUACCCUCUCUGAGUUAGGAGAGUAACCCAUCGAAACCAGCACGAUGAGCAGCCGUGCGAGUCGUACGAUUUAUGUUGGAAACCUUCCCGGUGAUGUGAGGGAGCGAGAAAUUGAAGAUCUAUUUUACAAGUAUGGACGAAUUGUGGACAUUGACCUGAAAUUACCCCCCCGCCCACCUGGUUAUUGUUUUAUUGAGUUCGAAGACGGAAGGGAUGCGGAAGAUGCUAUUCGUGGACGGGAUGGGUACAACUUUGAUGGGAAUCGAUUGCGAGUUGAAAUUGCCCAUGGUGGUCGUGGGCCUCCGCCAGCAGUGGAUCGGUAUAGCAUCUAUAGUAGUGGUGGAAGGGGUGGAGGUGGAAGCGCCGCAGAUUGUGGUGGUCGUGCAGGAGGGGUUUCUCGCCGGUCCGAAUAUAGAGUAACGGUGACCGGAUUACCAUCGUCUGCCUCGUGGCAAGAUUUGAAGGAUCACAUGCGUAGGGCUGGUGAUGUGUGCUUUGCACAAGUUUUUCGUGAUGGCACUUCGGGAACAAUGGGCAUCGUGGACUUCACGAAUUAUGAUGAUAUGAAAUACGCUAUCCGGAAGUUGGAUGACUCAGAAUUUCGGAACCCAUUUUCUCGGUCUUUCAUUCGGGUAAAAGAGGACAAGGGUUAUGGGUCUUCUCGGAGGAGUGUUACUCGAAGCCGUUCACGUAGCCGCAGCCGCUCUCGCAGCAAGUCUCCGCGUAACCGAUCUCCACGGUCGCGAUCUCGUUCACCACGCUCCCCAACUCCUCUGUCCGCCCGGUCGCGGUCGCGGUCGCGGUCACGGUCGGGGUCACGGUCACGGUCGCGGUCACGGUCACGGUCUCCUUCGCGAUCUCGUUCCCGUUCUCGUUCGCUCUCUGUGCGAUCACUUUCAAAGGAUCACCUUGGAAGAAAGGUAGCCGGAGCCCCCGCUUAAGCCGGUCUAAAUCUCCAGUGAAAAUGGCGAAUGGAAGAAGAAGCUCCAGUGAGGAAAAAAACGGUAGUAUGAGUCCCAAGGGAGAUAAUGAGGUAAUUACAGGCAUUUAGUGUCCUCGUUAUGCGUAUUUUCUAAUUCCUUAACCUUGCUCCUGCCUGUUUUUGGAUAUAGAAACAAGUGAAAACUAUGAUUAUUACUAGAGCCUGUCAAAGGUCAUUGCAUUGUAUUUCACCUGACAUUGAUUGCGGACUGGUUUUCAGGAUCGGUCUUUUGAACGCAGUAUUUCUCCUGUAUCCGAGAAUGGUAAAGAUUAAAACUAAAAUCUCGCUAAUUUCAUCAAGUGUAGUUUUGCCGUGUUAACAAAUUAACCCAGAAAUCAGUCUUCCCCAGCGUCCGCAAUUGUACUGAAAAUCUAUCUCCACCCAAUCGUACGUUUGUCUUCGUAUGCUGAUUCCGUUGCAUUGAUAUCUAGAUUUAUUACUCUAAGACGGAAGCCUUGCUUUAUCUGUAGUUUGAGUUUCUAGCAUGUGCAGCAGUUGUUUCGUGGUCAGUUCACACGUACACAAAGGAGUCGUUUGUGUAAAUUGACGAUUUCAUCGUCUACUUAAUUUAAGUUUUGAUGUCAGUUAUUCAUGUGUCAA